UCGCCGACCGUCGGUUGGGGCGGCCUAGCCUCCAAAGAGGGGCCGUCACUCGCGCUCACAGCCAAAACGGUAGCAUGUGUGGCCAGGCGGGACGUCUGCUGUUUCUGCUGCUGGUGUGUGUCAGCGGUGGUGAGCGCAGACUGCUGUGUGCGGCGUCAGCAGCGGACGGCGAGGCCGGGGGCGCCGGGGCCACCAGCCCUGAGCGGUAUUUCACGCUAGAUGUUAUAGAGAAGAAGAUACUGGAUACUGCCUAUGAUGCGAAUCAAUGGCCCACCUUUAACAAAACCGGCGUACCGACCGACGUUCAUGUGGAGAUCUUCAUCAACAGCUUCGGCGCGCCGCGGGCAGCCACCAUGGACUACCACCUGGACAUCUACCUGCGGCAGUCGUGGCAGGACGACCGGCUCCGGUCUGCCUCGGACACCCGGCAGCUGCUUCUGGUCAGCAGGCGCAGCGUCAUCGACAGGCUGUGGACGCCGGACAUCUACUUCCUCAACGUCAAGGAUGCAAAGUACCAUGAUGUGACAUCACCAAACGUGUUGAUGCGGAUUUAUGCGGACGGAAGGGUCUUCUACAGCAUCCGAUUGCAGCUGACCCUCUCUUGCCAGAUGGAUCUCAACAAAUAUCCUUUGGACACACAGACCUGCCACAUAGAGCUUGCCACUUUUGCGCACCCAAUAUCAGCCCUGGAGUUUUAUUGGAAGGAGCCCAAUCCGAUUGAGAGGACUAUGAAUAUGGAGAUACCGCAGUUCAACCUGGAAGAGAUCAUCUUAGACAAUCCCAAAGUGCUGAACUACAGCACAGGUCAGUUCAGCGCGCUGUCGGCUCGGUUCCGACUGAACCGGGAGAACGGCUACCACCUGCUGCAGACCUACAUCCCCACCAUCAUGAUCGUGGCGAUCUCGUGGGUGUCCUUCUGGCUGGAGCAGACCGCCACGCCGGCACGCGUGACGCUGGGUGUGACCACCCUCCUGACUCUGACGUCACUGGCCGCCGGCGUCAGGAGCGAGCUGCCUCCGGUGUCCUACCUCAAGGCCAUUGACGUCUGGAUCGGCUCCUGCAUGUUCUUCGUGUUCGGGGCGCUGCUCGAGUUCGUGCUCGUCCACCACCUCGCCAAGAAGCGCAAGCGCAGGGGCAGCCAGCGCAAGUCCUUCAAGGCCAUGUUCUUCGGCAGCGAGGAGCCCGAGGUGCUGGACCAGGGUGGCAAAAAGGAGACUCACCUGGCAGAGGCGAAGAUCGUCGACCGCAUCUGCCGCGUCUUCAUGCCAUUCGCCUUCAUCACGUUCAACUUUGCCUACUGGUGUCACUAUGGGCUUGGCUAGGGAACGGAUGCGGCCUGGCACACAACGACAAGGAAUGCGGCCGAUUUUUGUAUACACCCGAGACACACAUAAGAGAUGGGUUGCGGAACGAUGGUUUAUGGGAUGGUGUUUUACCGCGCUACGGCAGUCAC